AAGAGCUUCAACAGCUCGUCGGUCCUCGCCAGGAAGAAACAUUCGCGCAACAAAACAGAUUUUGCAACCAAAUCUACCAUCUGCGUACAGGGCUGCCUGUCAGCUGAGCGUUGGAAAAGUCAAUCCGUUUUGCAUAGGAAGUGUUUACUUCACAUUCCCGCACGUCGACCUCCGAACAGGCGCUUUUGUUGUGUAGCGAGCGAAAGGGCGUGCACGCGUGCGUGCAGACGGGAGCUCCGAAAUCUAGACGCGUAGGGAGUGUCGCUGCGAUCGCGAGUCUUAAACGCUUGCCAGUGCGAGCAGCCCUUGGGAGGUUUGCAGAAGUGCCUGGGUGAAGCAGCGUGGCCGCCCUCAUCAGCCUGGUCCUCUCCUGAGCAGACGUCACGUGAUGGGCACGAACAAGCAGGAUGAGGUGCAGAAGUUUCUGAAAAGUUUUGUGGAGGAGUUUGCGAACCCGCUGGGUCCAGACGACCAUCUUCCGGUCGCGCCGCUAAGCCGCUGCCUGACCCCACAGGAGGUGACCGGCGAGAGUCUCGACCUUGGACUUAAGCUGCUCUCUGCUCGGCACGCUCCCUGCUGGCUGAGUGCAUCCAUGUGCCAUGCUGCUGUCAGUGAGCUUCUGAAAGAUGACCUUUCACCUUUCCACUGCCCCAAAGACCCUGAGCAGCCUGAUGAUGAAUCGCACAUAGUCUUGCUACAGUCUGACCCUGUUCAGCGCCUCUUUAUCAAUAAGUUAAGAGCGAUAGGUGUGGCCUGGCAGAAAGUGUUGCCCAAUCAAGAGCCUCGCUCCACGCGGUCCUGCCUCUGUUCUGUCCAUGCCAUUCGUAAUACACGCAGGAAAAUGGAGGAUCGCCACGUGAUACUGACACAUUUUAACCAACUUUUGGGAUUACAAGAUGGCGUGAACCGCGAGUACUAUGCUGUGUUCGACGGUCACGGAGGGGUGGACGCUGCCACUUAUGCUGCAACUCACCUGCACGUCCUGCUCAGCCAGCAGGAGACGCUGCACAGCGAUGUCACUACAGCCUUUAAAAACUCCUUCACACAAACGGACGAUAUGUUCAGAAUCAAAGCCAAGAGAGAGCGCAUGCGCAGUGGCUCCACGGGCGUGGCUGUGUUGCUGGCUGGCGAUUGGCUGACGGUCGCCUGGCUGGGCGACUCGCAGGCCAUGCUGGUGAGGCGGGGCGAGCCCGUUGUGCUGAUGGACCCUCACAAACCCGAGAGAGAGGAUGAGAAGCAGAGGAUCGAAGAACUGGGAGGCUGUAUUGCCUACAUGGGCUGCUGGCGAGUUAAUGGGACAUACGCGGUUUCCAGGGCAAUAGGGGACUUCGACCAGAAGCCUUAUGUCUCCAACGCAGCCGACAGCGCCACCCUCCGGCUGUGUGGGGAUGAGGACUAUGUCCUGCUUGCCUGCGACGGCUUCUUCGACGUCCUGUGUCCCGCCGAUGUCCCCGGCCUGGUGCUGGCAGCGUUGAAGUACGCCGGCGGCUCGGGCGAGGAGGUCGCGCGCAGCCUGGUGGCCGAGGCCAAGGCAGCUGGCUCCAGCGACAACAUCACAGUCCUGCUGGCGUUCCUGCGGGACCCGCAGGAACUUCUGGGCUCCGAGACAGGCCAGUCGGCAAAGAACUGAGCGGGAGCGAGGGCUUGAGAUUGGGAGCUUGAAGCAGAGCGCCAGAAUGCUACUCGCCUCCUCAUCUCAACUGUUCUUACGACUGUGAUCCUUCAAGAUUCCUGAAUUGAAAUGAGUCUUAAGGGACUGGUGUGUUGUAUUCUAAUACGUAAAUACACGGUUUAACACUUUACUAGUACUUCAUCCAAGAAUGAAUGACACAUAGUUGAUAAUCCACUGGGAAAAAGUGUCAGGGGAAAUAUAUUGGCGAGCACUGUUUUUGUUAGUUUGUUUUAAGUCAUUUUGUGAUGCCUUUUUCACUUGCUAAACAGCCUUGUUUUCUAUGACACUGAUUUGUACAUAGCAGCAUUCUUUAAAGAUAGUCUUCACCCUUUUGAAUCGAGAGAGGGGUAACGUUAUUCAAACCCUCUCUUAUGCUUUUAUUCGGUAUUCCCAAAGUGGGCUCCUACCCACUUGCCUUGUUUUUAUUGAUUUAGAUGUACAGGUGCUGAAUAUUUCAGAAAGGUCUUUUGGGAAUCAUUGGUCAAUAUUAGUGGGUUUUGAAAGGGAUUCUUUGCACUGGCGCUAACAUUGGCGAAAACCUAGUUGGGACCAGUCUGUUUAUCUACUGUUUUUCAGUCGUUGCUACCAAUAUUAGCUGUUUUAACUGUACUUUACCUUUGAAUCUUAGAGGUUAACAGCGGGUCCUCUGUCAAGCAAGAGUUUCAUGACUGUUACAACAUAAUUGUGAACUUGAGGGACACACCUGUUUUAAAUGUAUGACUGUUAUCCUGGUCAAGGCAAUAUGCAAGACAGUAUGCUUUGAACAUGAAAUGCACAUAAGGCCUCAUCUUUUUAAGGUGGUCAAUCAGUAUUGUCAGUUUCAUGAAAAAAAAUUUUUUAAGCAUUUGCAACAGACCUAAACUGUUAGAACCCCUCUGUGCCAAAACAAAGUAAUCAUGAGCAUAACUCUCUGGAAAAAUAAUUGAGUAAUGUGUUUAAUGUUCCUUUUGAAAUGCAUAGUGUUCUGUGACAUGCGAAACCAAACGUAACAACACGUUGAUUGUUUUUCUCAUCUUAUUUUAUCUUGGUGCCUUUUUAAAAAAAAAACAGUGUUAAUAGCAGUUUCCAGGUGACUAGUUAAAAAUAAUCCCAUUGUAGGAACGCUUUUUUCGGGUUUAGUCUGCAUCUGCAGAACUGUCCGUAUACCCAUGUUUUUAAAGGACAGCUUGAGGUGUGAGUAUGGGGAAGGCGGGGGUGUCGUAUUAACUUGCAGCCAGGCUUGCUCCUGGGUCUUGGGGCCUGCAUGCAGUAGGCUGUCUCACAUUACUGCCUGUUCAAAUGGCAUGAAUAUUUGAAAGCCUUGUGACAUGGAGCUGAUGUGAUUGGACUGUGGCUUUAACUUGAGUGGACUAAACAGAGCUAACUUACUGUGGAUCGACCUGUGGGAGGUGAAGGCUGACAGAGCAGUAGAGGCUUGAUUUAGUUAUUUGAGAAAGAAAUUGCUGAGGAUGUGGGCACUGAUUCUCCACAGGUUUCGAGACCAUUUUUUUUUACGAUUUCCCUCAAGUUCAAAUAUGCCAUGGUGAUGCAUUUUUGUAUAUGAACAAGUGACUCCAUAUAUUUUGUUACUGCCCAAGUAAUAAUUACUUGUGUUACAGCCUUUUAAAAACUCUUUUCUGCUAUUGUCUUCUAGUCACAAAUUCUGAGAUUUUCAAAGAUUUUCAAGUGUUAGAUUGCCACACCUGUGCUCUCUCUCUACCUGCUGUGAUCUAGCUCCCUCACUUACCGUUUACUCAUUGUGUGUCACUUAGUAAUGGCCUCUCUUAAGCUGCUGUCUGAACCAGUGAUCUGGCGGUGCAGUGUUUUGUCCCUGAUCCGUGGCCUGAACUCGCAUUUCCCAUCAGACAGUAUGGCUGACUGAGUGGUCUGUAACAUCGCUGAUGGUCCAGUCCAUUCCAACUCUUUGAGAGGCUCUGCCCAAUAGAUCAGCAGGCUCUUGCCUUUCUAUAGCGCAUAUGAUACAUAUGAUGUUUUUCUGUUGGCUACAUUUUGCGUCGUCGCCUUAAACUUUCUAAUAAAUGAUUGGCCGAAGAGACUGUCCUGCAGGGGGUUUGUGGCCAGUGUGAAAACAAAAGCAAAAUAACGUACCUGUUUACGCUCGUUUGCUUUAUUAACGGAUGUGCAGUAUGCUAAAGGAUGCUAGGAUGUGGUUGUUGAACGUUCUAUUUGACCGACGUGCGUAACAUUCGCUGCGUUCACAAUGGAAGCCCUGUUAGUGCCUUAGUUCAUAUGUGCUCCUGGGGGCUUGCAAAUGGGUACGUGCCCCGCAGCGUUUCUUUCCACAUUUAAAGCCAGCUGACUUGUUGGGAAUCUGACAUUUUUCUCUAUUAGUUUUGUCUGUGAUAUUGUGGUUUUUAUAAAUGUUUUAUAAACUUUUAUACUGGUAAAAGUAACUCUGAUUUCACAUUAUUUGUACUGUGUAAAGAUAUGUUGGGGGUUUUGAUUUUUAUCGCAUAACUUAAGGUUGAUGUCAGUAAUUAAGAUUUUUUUUUCUGCAUGGAAAAUCACAAAGUUAAGGAUAUGUUCAUACAAUUUUUUAACGUAUUAGAAAGUAAUACAUUUGCUCUUGUUUCACACCAGCUUUGCAUUUAGUGACCAGGUUUACGUGUAAUGCGUCAAAAUAUGAAAUAAACAAUAACCACACAAGCAUGUUGCCUUUAUGGCUAUCAGGGUAAUUUACCAUAAGGGACUUGUUAAGCGUUUAAUCCUUUUUCUGUAACACUACUGUGUAUGUAUUGUGUAUAAAUACUUUUCAAUUGUGACAGCGGCGUAGCUGUACUAUUAAUGCAACAAAAACGAUCACUGAAGACGGCGUCGUGGAUUAUGAAACUGUUUGAAACCCAGCUUACUAAGGAAGAGACUUUUAUAUUAACGAAUAGUUUGACACAAGGCAAACUAUCAACAAUAAACAUUAUGACUUCA